GAAUGUGGGUGCCUACUUGAAGCAAUCGAAGUCCAUGCUGGCCUGCUGGGAUGCUACCUACAUGGGCCGCUUGUGGUGUGUCACGGAGAUUGCUGCCUUCCUCAAAACUCACGAGGGGGAUCCCGCAUCACUUCUCAUCCGACCUACUAGCUGGGGACCCACUGCAGUCCUACUGUUCCUCAGCUAUUGGGCCUACACGCUCUGCUUGCAGUUCGUGAGCCACAUCAUCGACAUGGACACCUUUGUCGCGUCCAAGAUGUGGAUCUCCCUUGCCCUCGUGUUCAGCGUGGCAAACUUGGUGCCGCAGAUGCUGUUCAUGCCCUUCGUUGCCCACUCUUGGCGGCUUCAGCUACGGGAUCUUGAGUCGUUGCAGAGGCAGCUGGCAGUGUUCCAGUUUGACAGAGAUGUUAGCUGCCAUUGCUGUGAUAUCAACCAUGUUCACCCCGCUACCG